AUGCCUAGAAAAUUUUUGGGUGAACAUAUCAACUUACAUAGCGAUUUCCUUCGUCCUGCUUCCUUCACGUUAACAGACCUAGAUUUACUGCAGAUUCCAGAUACACCUGACUUUGAUGACCAUGGUAGUGGGCAGGAGCAAGAAGAUGUACAGGAUACCAAAAAUUUGAAAGGAAAGAGGAUAUCUCGCCAAUUUGGAGGGACAAUAAAACUCAAGAAAAGAUUGAGUUCAGUGCCCGAUUUGUUCUUGCGCGACUUGGAUCAUUUGCAGAAAAAUGUAGGAAUUAAGUUGAGCAGAAGACCACCACCGGUCCUGGUGGAGCAAUCACGCUCACCAUUACCAUCAGUUUCAGAAAGAACCGAGGUCUCCGCAGACAACUCUUCAACUAAGAGACAAUUACACCCUUCUAUCGCAAGGGCUUCAAACAAGUAUAUCCCCUCCCCACUUUCGAAACCACCUUCUUUUAAUUUCUCUCAUAAUUACAUGGUGUAUCCCUUAGUGGAGCAGGUUGAUUCACAUCAAAGGGCGGAUUUGAUGGAAAAUCUACAGUCGAACGGAAUGGUGUCUAGUCAGAAGCUGACUGAGCAGCAUUCUCACCACAAAUCAGAAGGCGAAAUAAUUUACGAUCAAAUUCUUAAAGCAUACAUGUCUCUGCCGGAAAAGGAAAGACCAUCUUCUUCGUUGUUGAAGAACGAACUGGAACGAUCGAUUGGUCGCCAUUUCGAGCCUAAUGGUUCGCUUAGCGCUUUCAAACGGACCAAGUGCUCAAGGGGUUUUGGAUCUUUCCCGCAAAGAGGUUGUUUCACAGACAAGAAUAUAGAUGCCAAGGCCACCUAUCCAGGUGAAAAAGAGCUUAAUGAAAUUCUCCCAGAUGCAGAGUAUUCUAACUCCAGUGGUUCUGAGCCAUUCAGUUCCGGUGAAGAAUUUUCGGAUCUCUGUAGUAUAGUCAGCAGUCUCGUUCAAAGUUCCCCCCAGAAAAGUAGCGACGAUGAUGAAGUUUACUAUUCCGCAAAUGAGUCGUGUUCGCGUCUUCAAUUACAAAAAUCAAACACAGAUGAAGAAAAAAUAUCGAUACGUCGUCUAAAUAUGGUACGCAUUUCUCCUCGUUUGAUUCAAAUUGAUGAUAUGGUAUCUGUGCUUGAGGAGGAAGACAACGAUAGAUUGGAGAUUCAAAGCGAAAUCGAUGACCUAAUAAUCGCUGACAAUUCUAGCAGUGUUUAUGAAACCGAACAGGAAUAG